GCCACGGUUGCCCGGCAACAACAACUCCCGUCGGGUGCCAGCGGCUGGCGGCAAAACCUCUCGAGUGAGCCCCUGCCCGAGUGCCGCGGGGGAGAGGCCGCGGGGGAGAGGCCGCGAGCGGGACCGAGAAGUGGGCUGGGGGGAGAGGUCGCGGAGGCGGCGAACGAGGCCGGGGCCCAGGCAGGGACCGGCAGGGGCCCGGGAGUGACGGGCACGCCAGGGUCAGGGUCCCAGGCGAGGGAGGAGGCCCGGGGUUGGGGAAGGGGGCCCGGGGAGGGAGGUGCACAGCCCUGCAGGCCUCGGGGCACCGUUGCUGGGCGGUGCCGGCAGCAUGUGCGAGGGCCCGUCCCGCAUCUCGGGGCCCAUCCCCCCAGACCCGACGCUCUGCCCUGACUACUACCGGCGGCCGGCCUCGGCUCAAGGGCGCCUCGAGGGAAACGCGUUGAAGCUGGACUUGCUGACCUCGGACCGGGCCCUGGACGCCACCGCUCCCUGUGGCCCCCGCAUCGGUCCCGGUGCCCGAGAGAUCCUGGAGCGCGGCCGGCGCGGCGUCGGGGACGUGCUGUUGCAACUCGAGGGGAUCUCCCUAGGUCCUGGGGCCUCUCUCAAGAGGAAGGACCCUAAAGACCAUGAGAAGGAGAACCUGAGGCGGAUCAGGGAGAUUCAGAAGCGCUUCAGAGAACAGGAGCGCAGCCGGGAGCAUGGACAGCCCAGGCCCCUGAAAGCUCUGUGGCGCUCGCCCAAGUACGAUAAGGUGGAGUCCCGGGUCAAGGCCCAGCUCCAGGAGCCUGGCCCUGCCUUUGGGACAGAGUCUGCGCACUUCCUGCGGGCGCACUCCCGCUGCGGCCCUGGCCUCCCACCACCCCGUGUACCUAGUCCCCAGCCACCACCACCAGGUCCCAAAGCUAAGGAGCCAGGCCUGGGGGUGGACUUCAUUCGUCACAAUGCACGAGCUGCGAAGAGGGCCCCCCGGAGGCAUUCCCGCUCACUGCAGGUCCUGGCACAAGUGUUAGAGCAGCAGCGGCAGGCCCAGGAGCACUACAAUGCCACACAGAAGGGCCAUGUGCCGCAUUACUUGUUGGAGCGCAGGGACCUGUGGCAGCGGGAGGCUGAGGCUCGCAAGCAGAGCCAGCCAGACCCUGCCAUGCCCCCAGGCCACAUGCGCAUGCCUGAAAACCAGCGGCUGGAAACACUGACCAAGCUGCUCCAGAGCCAGAGCCAGCUGCUGCGUGAGCUGGUACUGCUGCCUGCCGGGGCAGACUCACUGAGAGCCCAGAGCCACCGUGCUGAGCUGGAUCGGAAACUGGUGCAGGUAGAGGAGGCCAUCAAGAUCUUUUCUCGGCCCAAGGUCUUCGUGAAGAUGGAUACCUGAGCCCCUCUGAGGGACAGUGGCAGGGAGCUCCAUGCUGAGGAUCGCCACAUGGCUGCAAAGGACAGGGUCGGACCCAAUCCCAGAGCAGAGGUCUGAAGUCAGGAGCAGGGGGGUGGCCAGUGUCCCUAGAGCACUCCUCCCAGCCACCAGUGGCUGCAGAAGGGCCACCCCAGCCUUUUAACUGCUUUGUCAAAAUUAAACCUUUUGUAUACAGGA